AUAUAUGCUUUAAUUAACACUAUGUUGUGAACAAACUAUCCCAAAAAGCUUAAGCUAUUAGGUGAUGACACUAUUGAUUUUAAUUUUUACAUGGACAGAGUAACAUUUGUGUUGAAAUAUUAUUAGAAGACGAGUUUCAUAUUGUCAUCUUUACUCCUAUUUGAAGAUUUUUUUAAUAUAUUAAUUGAGUUUUUUUGGGUACAACUUUUUCCAGGCAUUUUCUCAGCACAUGGUACUGUCAGUUUUGUUUCUAGAACAUGUGAUAUCUGUCCUUAGCCAGAUUCCGAUUCUAAAAGCUGAUGUGGACAGAGUUGAGGAUAGUCCCGUUGACAGUCAUACAGAAGAUGGCAAACUACAAGCUGCAAUUUUUGCUCUUACUGCUUUCUUCAGAGGUGGGGGAAAAGUUGGAAAAAGGGCCGUUGAACAAAACUAUGCUUCUGUUCUUUCUGAGCUUACACUGCAACUUGGAAGCUGUCACGGUUUAACCUAUUCUGGUCAGCAUGAACCAUUGAGGAAUCUUCUUACUGCAUUUCAGGCAUUCUGUGAAUGUGUUGGUGACCUUGAGAUGGGCAAGAUUUUAGCUAGAGAUGGUGAACUAUCAGGAAAUGAAAGGUGGAUUAGUCUCAUUGGAGACAUUGCAGGCUGCAUAUCUAUAAAGCGACCAAAAGAGGUACAAAAUAUUUGUCUAUUUUUGAAAAACUCAUUGCAUCGACCCCAGAAAUAUCAGAGGGAAGCUGCAGCAGCUGCACUAUCAGAAUUUGUUCGGUAUAGGUGAGUGGGUAUAAUUGUUGAGAGAUCUCUAAAAUCUUCUAAUAGCUUCUAGUAGUACACUUAAUAUCCUACUAAUAACACUCCCCCUCAAGAUAGUGAAUAAAUAUGUAUCGUUCCUAGUUUGUAUGUGAGAUCAUGAAAUCAU